GUGCGGCGAGAGGCGCGAUCGCCCGAACUCCUGGGAGGGGAGACACCACCCGCCGCCGCCGCCGCCUCCUCCUUUUCCUUCUCCACCUCCUCUCCCCCCUCCCCGCCGCAAACCCCAAAUAAAAGGGGCGGGGGGCGGCAGGAUGCGCCGCUCGGCGGGGAGGUCGGCGCCGCCGCCGGCCGCCUGAUGCUGCCGCAAUUCGCCAUUGCCGGGCACGGCUCGGAGCCGAGCGGAGGGAGGCGGGGGGCAGAGGCGGGGGUCCCGGGGGCAGAGGAGCAGCAGCCCCCCCUGCCUGGCCGCCCCCGCGGGCCGCGGCCGCCGUCCCCCCCGAUGCCCGACCGCCGCCGGCGGGGGGCCCCGGGGGCCCGCUCCUGUCUCCUCUGGCUCUUUGUGUUGCUGAAGAAUGCAGAACCUUUCCAAGUUACUGUCCGAGAAGACAAUUGUAUCAUUGUCUCCCUGGAAGCAUCUGAUGUGGUGAGCUCGUCCUCUGUAUAUGUUGUGAAGAUAGCCGGAGAAUCCAAGAACUACUUUUUCCAGUUCGAAGAAUUCAAUAGCACUUUACCUGCCCCUGUUGUUUUUAAUGCCAAAUACCAUGGCCUGUAUUACAUAGUAACUCUCUUGGUAGUGAACUCAAAUAUGGUUUCCAAGUCAGCAAGAUCAAUCACUGUGUUAACCAAACCCCUUCCUGUGAGCAAUGUUUCUAUCUAUGAUUACAAACCAUCUCCAGAAACAGGAGUAUUGUUUGAAAUUCAGUACCCAGAGAAGUACAAUGUUUUUACCAGGGUAAAUAUAAGCUAUUGGGAAGGAAAAGACUACAGAACAAUGCUGUACAAAGAUUUCUUUAAAGGUAAAACAGUUUUCAAUCACUGGCUGCCAGGUAUAUGCUACAGUAACAUCACGUUCCAGUUGGUGUCAGAAGCAACCUUCAACAAGAGCACACUGGUGGAAUACAGCGGGGUCCAGCACGAGCCCAAACAGCACAGAACAGUUCCUUACCCACCUCGAAACAUUUCUGUUCAGAUUGUGCCAAUCAACAGAAACAACUGGGAAGAGCACAGCGGAAAUUUUGCAGAAGAAUCGUUUAUGGGACCACAAGAAGUCGUAAGGAAAGAAAAGCUUAGCCAUUUUUCUGGCAACCCACCUGAAAUUCCAGCAGCAAACACGUCUGCAGCCUGGUGGGAGCACCGCUCGAACAGCACUGAGUACGAAACCACGUCGCAGCCGUUCUGGUGGUCUAACGAAGCUGAGUCAUCAGAGGGUGAAGAGGAGUUUGUCAAUGCAGUUUCCAGUGAUUACGAGGCCAGUGAUGCCAACAAGUCUGGAAGACCCACGCCAGAGCCCCCUCCCUUCCUUCCUGUGCAGAUGGUGCUGACCUGGUUACCCCCAAAGCCGCCUACUGCAUUUGAUGGUUUCCAUAUUAAUAUUGAAAGGGAAGAGAACUCAAUGGAAUUUUUGACAGUAAGUGAGGACACUCACAAAUUUGUUGCUGAACUGAAAGAACCAGGAAAAUACAAGUUGUCUGUAACAACAUUUAGCUCCUCUGGCUCUUGUGAAGUUCGUGGAAGUCAAUCAGCAAAAACACUUAGCUUUUACAUCAGUCCCACAGGUGAAUGGAUAGAGGAGCUCACUGAAAAGCCCCAGCAUGUGACCGUGACAGUGCUGAGCUCCACUACUGCCCUGACAUCCUGGACAGCGUCACACGAGAGCGGCGGCAACAACACCAUUGUGUCUGUGCUCUCCCUGACCUGUCAGAAGCAAAAGGAAAGUCAAAGGCUUGAAAAACACUACUGCACUGAGGUGAAUUCAAGCAGCAGCCUCAUUGAAAAUCUUGUUCCUGGUGCCCAGUACCAAGUUGUGGUCUACUUACGGAAAGGACCAUUGGUGGGACCACCUUCUGACCCCGUUACAUUUUCCAUUGUGCCCACUGGAAUAAAGGAUCUGACACUUUACCCUUUGGGACCUACUGCUGUGGUUUUGAGCUGGAACAGACCUUUCCUUGGGGUGUUCAGGAAAUACGUUGUAGAAAUGUUUUACUUCAACCCAUCAACAAUGACCUCUGAGUGGACAACCUACUACGAAAUAGCAGCAACCGUCUCCUUAACCGCCUCUGUGAGAAUAGCCAACCUGCUGCCUGCUUGGUAUUACAAUUUCCGGGUCACCAUGGUGACCUGGGGGGACCCAGAGCUGAGCUGCUGUGACAGUUCCACCAUCAGCUUCAUAACAGCACCAGUGGCACCAGAGAUUACCUCCACAGAAUAUUACAACCACCUUUUGUAUGUCACCUGGACCUAUGGAGGAGAUGGUACUGACCUUUCUCAUUCCAGGAUGCUGCAUUGGAUGGUCAUUGCAGAAGGAAAGAAGAAAAUCAAGAAGAGUGUAACACGCAAUGUGAUGACUGCAGUGUUGAGCUUGCCUCCGGGGGACAUUUACAACCUUUCAGUGAUUGCUUGUACUGAAAGAGGCAGCAAUACUUCCCUGCCCCAGCUUGUGAAACUGGAACCAGCGCCUCCAAAAUCAUUGUUUGCUGUCAACAAGACUCAGACCUCUGUGACGCUGCUGUGGGUGGAAGAAGGAGUGGCUGAUUUUUUUGAAGUCUACUGCCAGCAGGCUGGAUCUGGUCAGGAAACAAAAGCCCAGGAACCUGUCACCGUCUCUUCACACGUCGUGACCAUUUCCAGCCUAAGCCCUGCCACUUCCUACAACUGCAGCGUGACCACCUUCAGCCACAACAGCCCCAGCAUCCCCACUUUCAUUGUGGUUUCCACCAUGGUCACUGAGAUGAAUCCCAAUGUAGUGGUAAUCUCCGUGUUAGCCAUCCUGAGUAUCCUUCUGAUUGGACUGCUGCUGGUGACUCUUAUUGUACUCAGAAGAAAACACCUACAAAUGGCCAGGGAAUGUGGGGCUGGAACCUUUGUGAAUUUUGCAUCUUUAGAGAGAGAUGGAAAGCUUCCCUAUAACUGGCGUAGAAGUGUGUUUGCUUUCCUAACUCUGCUACCCUCAUGCCUUUGGACUGAUUAUCUUUUGGCAUUUUAUAUUAAUCCUUGGAGUAAAAAUGGAUUAAAGAAGAGAAAGCUGACCAACCCUGUCCAGCUGGAUGAUUUUGACGGAUACAUCAAGGAUAUGGCCAAAGAUUCAGAUUACAAAUUUUCUCUGCAAUUUGAGGAGCUAAAACUGAUUGGGCUUGACAUACCCCACUUUGCUGCUGACCUUCCCAUGAAUCGCUGUAAAAAUCGCUACACAAAUAUCCUGCCGUAUGAUUUUAGUCGUGUCCGCUUAGUCUCAAUGAAUGAAGAGGAGGGAUCUGAUUACAUUAAUGCCAACUACAUUCCUGGUUAUAAUUCACCCCAGGAAUACAUUGCAACCCAAGGACCAUUGCCAGAAACUAGGAAUGAUUUUUGGAAGAUGGUUCUCCAGCAAAAAUCUCAGAUUAUUGUUAUGCUCACUCAGUGCAAUGAGAAAAGACGGGUGAAAUGUGAUCAUUACUGGCCUUUCACGGAAGAUCCUGUGGCAUAUGGGGAUAUCACAGUGGAGAUGCUGAGCGAGGAAGAGCACACAGACUGGGUUUAUAGGAGCUUCCGAAUUAGCUACGCUGAUGAGGUGCAAGAUGUGAUGCAUUUUAACUACACCGCCUGGCCGGAUCAUGGUGUCCCCACGACCAACGCUGCCGAAAGCAUUCUCCAGUUUGUACAGAUGGUCAGGCAGAAGUCAGCAAAGACUAAAGGCCCCAUGGUCAUACACUGCAGUGCUGGAGUGGGACGAACAGGAACCUUCAUAGCCCUGGAUCGGCUCUUACAGCACAUUCGUGACCACGAGUUCGUCGACAUAUUGGGCCUGGUGUCCGACAUGCGGUCCUACAGAAUGUCCAUGGUGCAAACAGAGGAGCAGUACAUCUUUAUCCACCAGUGUGUGCAACUGAUGUGGCAAAAGAAAAAGCAGCAGUUCUGCAUCAGCGAUGUCAUAUAUGAGAACGUCAGCAAGUCCUAGUCCAGAGCCACGGGUGGUGAGACCGUGAAGCACACCCAUCUUCCCUUGCUUCUGAUUUUUUUUCUGUUGAUGGUUUGGACGGCCAGGUGUUGUGCCACGAGAGAUUGCUGCUUUGCAGUACACGGACAAUGAAAGAAACUUUUACCUUUCUGAAGCACUGGGGAGACAAAGCCUUAACAAGCCUGCGGUGUCUUUUGAACUGUUUAAUUUCUGGACUUUUUUUUAAAUACUGGACCAAAUUCAGCUAAACAACAUGAAGGAAAAGACACUAUACGUGCAUAAGAUAGAUUGCUCCAGAGUAUUGGGGUUUUGUUUGGUACUCUUGGUUCAUUUCUUUGAUAAUUUUUUUUUUCUGUGCAGGUUGGGCUUAAGGUUAAAGUAAGUGCAAUAUUUUUUUAAUGGUUGACUGAAGAGCUUUCUUCAUGUGUCACUGGUCAGUGCUAACGUCCCUAGGAGAGCAGGCAUUGUUAGUAUCUAAUAAUACCUCAUUAGUGAAUAGCGAGGCAUGAACAUACAUGAAGAAAUCUGGAGAUUGUGAAAAGGGGAUGGGAGGGCGUGGGGGGGUGGGGUUGCUGGGUACAUGGAUUUGACUGUUUCCUUACAGCACUAAUGUACGUGGGGCCUGGGGGGAGCACAAGACCUGAGGAACGGACUGACGAGCAGAAAUGCAAACCACGAAGCCUGGAGCAGGCAGCCGACACUGACAGAGGGGGUGGUUUCGGUUCUUGACGGUGCUGCUACUAAUUAAGCAGAGGGAUUGCUCUUUUUGCCAACCUUUUCAGUAAUGCCACUGAUGAGGCUCUUGUUUUAGAUCAGUCUAAUCGCAGGGCAGCUGAGUUUCAAGCUGGGAUAUGUUAACAUAUAAUAAUACUAUAGCAUUUAACUGUCCGAGCAGUCUAUGGUGCCUAUACCCCUCAUUUGUUUAUUAUUUUUAAUAAUUAUUAACCCUGUGUAAAAACAUGAAGCUGGUUCAGGUUGGAGGGGUGGAAAGAGGGAAAAAAAAAAAAAAAGGUGCUUUAAUGGACAUAACUAUUUCUCCGAGCCAGGAAUUUACAAUUUUACGAAAACAAGGUUUUGGCAUGUGAAGGGCUGGUUAUUGCUUUAUUGCUACAAGGCUGCCAAAGCGUCAGUAUGGAUUCCUACAGGAGCUUUGGGGUCAGGGUGGGGGGCUCUUUUCUUUUUUGCUGUCGGUUUCUGUUCUAGUCAGAAUAAUUAGCUAUAUAUACAUUUAUUUUUUUUUGGUCUUUGUAUAAUUCCGGUACAUCAUUGUGUAUUGUGACAUGGAUGCUGCCAGAAUGGCUGUUGAUGGCAUUUUUUUGUAACCUGUUGCUUUGUGUCACCUCCUUGGAAGUCAGCAGCAAUGGUACUCAAUGUAAACAAAACGAACUGAAAGUAAACACACUGGAUUGCUUA